AACCUGCAUGCAUCAGUUUCUUUGUGCAUGCACCCAAACUCCAGUGCAGAAUCCAUGGCCAAGAUCACUAAGAGAGUCUGCACCCUAGUACUACGGCUGAUGGCCGCCGCCGCCACCCUUUUGGCUGCAAUUGUCAUGGUUACAAGCCAUCAGAGAACCAGCAUCUUUGGAGUAUCUUUUGAAGUCAAGUAUAACCACACACCAGCCUUCCAGUACUUUGUGAUAGCAAAUGCGAUUGCAACUGUAUACGGGUUUUUGGUUCUUUUUCUUCCUUCUGAGAGUCAGCUAUGGAGAUUAGUUGUGGCUUUGGAUGUGGUAAUCACUGUAUUACUGAGCUCAAGCAUUUCAGCAGCUUUGGCUAUUGGUGAUGUAGGGAAGCAUGGAAAUUCAUAUGCAGGUUGGCAACCGAUAUGUGGGCAAGUCCCCAAAUACUGUGACCAAGUAAAGGCAGCCCUAAUCUCAAGCUUUGUUGGCCUCAUAAUAUAUUUGCUGCUGCUUCUGUAUGCCAUCCACACUGUCCUGGAUCCUCUUCUCUUGAAAAAAACUUAACUUCUCAAGGAGUAAAAUGUCUUGUUGGAUCUCAUCAGUUUUAUCUUUCCAGUGCAUAUGUAAUUACCUUGUUCUUGGGUUAAUUAAUUAUAGUUUGCACCCUUAAGUUUAGGUGUAACCACAACAACAUACCUCAUUUUAAAACAUUACAACAUC